CUAGGUUUUCUUAAACUAUUUAGGGACUCAAUUGCUAGGGUUUAUGAAAAAAAUAGCAGAGCGGCAAACGAUCGCAGAGCGGCAAAAGCAGGAGGUGCAGCCGCGACCAUGGUUCUCAAGACUGAACUCUGCCGCUUUAGUGGUGCAAAGAUCUACCCUGGCAAGGGGAUCAGAUUCAUUAGAUCUGAUUCACAGGUUUUCCUGUUUGCCAACUCAAAAUGCAAAAGGUACUUCCACAAUAGAUUGAAGCCUUCAAAGCUUACAUGGACAGCCAUGUACAGAAAGCAGCAUAAGAAGGAUAUAGCUGCAGAGGCUGUGAAAAAGAGGCGCCGCACUACCAAGAAACCUUAUUCUAGGUCCAUUGUUGGUGCCACCCUGGAGGUGAUCCAGAAAAGGAGAACUGAGAAGGCAGAAGUGCGAGAUGCUGCUAGGGAAGCUGCUUUACGUGAAAUUAAGGAGAGGAUCAAGAAAACCAAGGAUGAGAGGAAGGCAAAAAAGGCAGAAACCGCUGCCAAAACUCAGAAGACACAGGGUAAGGGUAACGUUUCCAAGGGUGCUGCUCCAAAGGGACCUAAGCUGGGUGGUGGUGGUGGCAAGCGCUGAGCUGCUAUUUUUGGACUAGAAAAAGUAGGAAGUUUGAACUACUGAAGGGCUUUGUAGUAAUGUCUGGUUCCUCUUCAAUUUUGUUAUUCUAUUUCAGCUGUUUUAUGGUUUUUACAAUUGGUAUUGAUUAUUGGAUUGAAGGAGUUUCUGAAUUCGUCUACUUAAGGGUGAAAACAAUCAUGCUUUAUUAUUAUUAAUUUUUGAACAAGGUACAAUUGUGGGGAUAACCGAUGGAGGGGCAAUUCAACCCGCUACCUAAAGGCUGGGCAGUGAUGCAGUUAUCCAAGUGGGCUACCAGCUGAAGUAUGCAUGUUAUUUAUUUGUAGAAGGAUUUCACAUAAGUAUCCGAUUCAAAAUUUUGAGUGACUUAAAUAUCUAUUGCUGAUGGAGAUAAGGUUAAAUGUUCUCAAGCAAUGGAGGUUUGUGCUAAGAAAUGGGAUUGAAGCUA